AUGGCUUCGGGUGUUGAGGGAGCCGCCGCCAUUGCCGGUUUCAUUUCCUUGGCCUUCGAAGCGUUUGAAGGAUGCCUCGAGGCAUACAAAUUCGUCUACACGGCUCAGCACAUUGGCAAUGAUGGCGACUCGGUGCGCUCAAAACUAGUCUGGGAGCGACAUCGAUUGCGGGAGUGGGGAGAGCGAACCGGCAUUCAGACCAGCUCUCCGCAGGAAAAGCUCAAUUGGAACCUUGUCGUUGCACUGUUAAAUCAACAGAAAGCGCUAAUGACUUCUGCGGAAGCUCUGGAGAAAAAGUACAAGCUGCGCGUUCCAGAGGAACUCAUCAGUGUCAGCGACAUGGAGGACGAGGCCUCAAACGAGAGUACAUUUGAGAAGUUGCUUCAACGAAUCAAACCGGACAUCACCCAGCCCAGCAGCAAAAUCAUACAAUCGCAAAACGGGACGCUCAAAAGGCUGAAGUGGGCCACCGUCGGGAAAAGCCAAGCUCUUCGCAUUGUUGAUGAAAUAGAGGAGAUUAACAACCGCCUGCAUAACCUCCUGGACACGGCCGACCAGAAGCGGCUGCAGCUCGCCACCGAAGCCUUACUGAGGGACCUUGUCUCCAGGUCAACAAACUCAGCUGAACUCGAGUCAAUCCAGCAGCUGCUCUGCCCAAAGCACUCAUUCAACGAUCGACAGAUAGCAGCAGCCGCAGAGCUAAAGCAGAUCAUGGCCAUCGUGGGCAAGAACAACGAAAACCACACUCUCGAUGCGGCAAUGCUAGUCAAGAUGGGUUUGAAGCUCAAACUUCUCAGUGCGAAGAAGCUCAAGCCUUUGCUUCCUGCCUCGCGACUGGAGUGCUGUGGUAUCGAACUGGGCAGAUACCGCGACAAAGAGGUCCUCAUCGAAUGGAGAGCCACCGAUGAAGAGACCUGGGACAUCAUGGAACCUCAAAUGAGGGCCCUCGCUGUGCUUCUAGGGAAAAUGGAUGGCGGAGUCUUCCCUGUCCUUCCAUGCCUGGGUCUUGUUUCCUGGAAGGAGCUCGAUAGCUUUGCCCUGGUGUAUGAUCUAUCUUCGGUCAUCAAACGAAAUGUUCCCGUCGAGCUGAAGUCCCUACAUCAAAUCAUCUCCGAGCAGCCUCAGGCUUCGCUUAGCCGUCGUUUCGACAUCGCCUUGGGCUUGGCUGAAGCAGUUCUUCAGUUUCACACCGCGGGAUGGCUACAUAAAGGCAUCCGCUCGGAGAACAUACUGUUCAUCACGAAUCCAGGUGUGUCAUUGGAGCACUGUCUGGGCACAACUGCGUACCUCGUUGGGUUCGAGAACGCUCGGCCGGACACCGAAGAUGGCCAGAUGUUGACCCGCCAGCCGCUAAUGGACUUACAGGCCGACUUGUACAGACAUCCCUCGGCAAGAGGGGCGGAUCGGCAAUGCUUCAGAAAACCCUUUGAUUUGUAUUCGCUGGGCUGCGUUUUGUUGGAACUUGGUCUGUGGAAGAGGCUUGUGGAUGUGCACUCCGGUAAUCCGGAUCUCGAUGAACAGAUACGGAGCGCGGAACGGGAUGGGAAGAUGCUGUCUCUACCCUCUCUUGUAGAGUUCGGAUACGACACGGAGGAGGUGGCAAGGUUGUCACACACGGCAGGGCAAAUUUUCGCCGAAGUAGUGGCUCGCUGUCUCACAGAUGAGGAAUCGGACAGCAAGGAAGCGGAUAGCUCUUUGGAGACUCAGAGAUCGAUUGUAAAUAUGUUGCGUAGUUGCAAUUGCUGA